CGAUACGAGCACAAACCAAACGAAUCGUUUUUUCUUUUGUUCACUUGUAGUCGUUUAUCUACUACUAGUCGCCACUCGCAAUAGGGGUGUUAAAUGUUUUAUUACUUAGCAUUUAACACAGUUCUCUGACAACUGGCUGUACUUUCAAUGUCGGUUAGUUGAUAAAAUAAAACUGUGAGAUAAAUCAUAGCGUCGGCUUACGCUAUGUUAUGCGAAUGUAAUUAUCCAAAUUUUGUGUAACACGCAGCCUCGUUACAAAUUUAAAAUUUAUUUAUCUAAAUACCUGAAAACAAUUGUUUACAAUUUAAUUGAUGAACUUCUACGUACCAUUUUCAGUGCAAAAAACUCAUACUAUUAAAGGAAAAGCACUUGACGUAAAGAAGGCCUUGCCUAAACAGGACAUGAACCGUCAACAAGGCGGUGGCGGCGGCGGUGGUGGUCGUGGGGGCAACAUGGGUCGCGGGGGUAAUAUGGGUGGUGGAAUGAUGGGAAAUCAAAACAACUGGGGUGGCAACAACAGGGGCAAUGAUAACUGGGGUGGAAACAAUGGUUUUGGCGGAGGAUUUAAUAACGGCGGUGGUGGCGGAGGUGGUUGGAACGGCAACAAUAAUGUAGGUCCAUGGGAUAACGGCAACAACGGAGAUAACUGGAAUAAUGGUCCUGGAAAUUUCGGCGGCCCUGGUAAUAAUGGACCGGCUAACAGUGGCAACUGGGGAAAUGAUUUCGGAGGUGGCUAUCAGCAAAGCUACGGUGGUGGUCCCCAACGCGGCAAUUUUGGCGGCAAUAAUCGCCUGCAACCCUACAAUCAAGGAGGAAACUUCGGUAACAAAAUGGGUAAUCAAGGUAACUUUGGUAAUCAGGGUAACUUUGGUGGUCCAAAUGCCGUUGGUGGUGGUGGCGGCAACAGAAGAUAUUGAGGUCGUAAAAUUGAGCCAGGUCACAUUCGUACUCAGAUUCAAGCAAGCAAUCCAAAAGUUACAGAUAAUAAAACUUAAUCAGCCACGAAAGCAGCAGAAUUAACAGUUUCAGUUCAAAAAAGUAAAAGUCAGAAAAUUUAAAGCAGAAAGUGCAGAGAUACCCAGGAACUAUUUGAAGCGCAGGUGGUCAAGAGGAAGAGAGGGACGUGACGAUGAUGAUAAUAUAAGCAGCAGUUACAAUAUAAAUACUUAUCCACAGAUACUAAGAAGUUUAAUCAUGUGUAGGCAUUUUACCACGUCAGAAAAUCAGUACCUAUCGUACAUAGUUUUAAAGGUGAACAUUUUAAAAGAGGACUGCAAGAAAGAAGAGUAUUAAAUAUGUAUAAAAAAAAAGUUAAAAACAACCUUCACACAAA